AUGUCGUCGGAGCGCUACAAAGGUGGUCGGAGAUCGGCAGAAGGACGAGGUGGCAAGCAUGGGCACGCAGGUCGACCAUCGGAAAGGGUGCAGAGGCUCAAUGCGGACAGCGAGCUGGAGAGCAGCGUCCAGAACAUGUACGCGAGAGCCGAGAGCAGUACGACGGAGGCUUCCACUCGACCUGCCUCUUAUACCCGGGAUGCUGCGAGGUGUCAUGUGCUUGGCCUCCCUUGGCAACCCCCAAGUCUCAGCAGCAUGUGCGUGGAUCGAGCUGCUAGGUACUUCAACACGCACGUGUUGCCUGCUUAUAGCACAGGCCCCAUUGUUGCAGGAGAAUCACGCGCAGUACAGACAGCCAAGCGCUCAGAUCGAUCCCAUCACCCUUCCUCCAAACGUCGACGUGGCGCCCAGAGACCAUUUGGCGCGCCGCCAAACAAGGACGCCGACGACGACGAUGCAGACUACCAGCCGGAGGAGGCUGAGGUAGCGACAUAUGCGGCGACUUCUUCAUCUUCUUCUUCGCGACAAGCACGGCAAGCUGCAGAGUCUGGGACAUCGGCGAGCAGCUCUGUCAUCCCUGUUAGUGCUCUAUCGGACCAGCCGCCUCCUCCCAGCGGCACAUAUGCACAAGAGAUGCACAGAGCCAAUCAUGAGCUCCUUCUCGCAAUCCCAUCAGAGCUCUCGUCAAGCCUGCUUAAAGCCGUCGCCAAGCAUCGCCCGGAGAUUCUGACGACCCACGUACUUUGUUCCUAUUUUACGAGGUGUGAUCGACUACUGCUUUCAUCUUCAAUACCUCAGCUGCUUAGCAAAGCACCACUAGCUCGCUUCCUUGGCAACGUGGGAGAGAAGGCGGACGCAUUGAGGAUCAUUUCGCUCAGAGGACUGACGAACCUGUCUGAUGAUGCUGCGCAGAAGCUAUUCACAAUUGCGACGCGUCUUGAAGAGGUGAGCAGCUCGAGCAGCUCUGCGAGUGGGUCAGGGCUUUCUUGCUCAACAAAUUCUGUGUUGUUCUCUGAAGGUGGACCUAUCAGGCUGUGCUCGCAUCAGUGCGAAGACCCUGGAGGUGCUCGUGAGCCACAAUCCACGGUUGCAUACCCUCAACAUCUCAUACACCGACGCUGGUCCGGCAGGAUUGGAAGAAGCGCUCCUUGCUAGACGUUUGCGUGUGCUGAAAGCUGCAGAUGUCCUUGGUCUUGUGAGAUGUCGUGAGGGCAUUUCACCAUUUUGGCUCAGGAUGGCUGAUUCCCGAUAUGCUCGACUUGCCCUGCAGACGGGAAAAGCAGUGACUACUGCCGUCAAUCGCGCAAUGGCACGCGCUGCGGAGGUUGAGCAUCCAUUCGUGCCUCUACUUGAGCUUCGCAAGCUAAAGGUCAAGGUGAAUUGCAACUGCGCGUCGCGGCGCCCUCAUGUCUUCUCAGCAAUGGUCCUCUUCCUUCCAGAAUACGAUCAUCGACGAGGUAGGCCUUGGCGCGCUAAUCAAACUCUGCGGAGCAAGAUUGGAAAGCCUAGACAUCAGCUAUACUGCCCUGCGGACGCUCAUGUCCUUGGAGACAGGUCCAGUGUCCAGCGGGUCACCUAGCAAGCUGCAGAAGCUCGUUCUGAAUGGGUUGAAUUUGUCAAAGGGCACAAGCCUCUCCCAGCUCAUCGAGUGGUCUGCACCUACUCUAUUGAACCUCCAAUGCUCUGAUAUUGACGAUGAGCACUGCUGGAGGUGGAUCACGCGCCUCGAGGGGAGAGAUACGUGUCCCUUGAGGAAGCUGGUGAUUGGCGAUACUUGUUUUCAAAGGUCCUUGACAAGUGAAAGCCAGGAGAUAUGUCGCACAUUUCCAUCGCUCAAGGUAAGCAGCAGCAGAAUGUCCACACAAGUAACGCGCAAGCUGACCCGGUUUUAUUCUAUUCUUGAGGCCCUGGUUCUCAAGGGCAAUGUUCUGUACCUUGACAGCGAAGAUCUACCUUUGCAGAGACUCGAGGGAUCAGCGCUGUUUCGAAGCGAUACAACCCUGUGAGCGGCGCCAAACCUCUGCUAUUUUGUUUCGUGCCGCAACAUGCGCCACUGCGCUCGGUAGACCUUUCAGAUAGCGGCCUGGGCAGAGAGGAGGUGGCCGAUCUCGUGUUGAGGAGUCCUUUCUUGGAGGUCAGUGAUUGCUGGCGAUUAUUUUUGUUGCAGUGGCUCAUCGUAUCGCCUGCACCUUCUUGCUGCGGUUGAACGCUUGCUGCAGUCCAUCAACUUGACCGGAUGUCGUAGCAUCCCAGUGCAACAGCGACGCUCAUACUUUGAGGUGAGGAGCAGCGAGCAGCGCAUGCGAUGCAGAGUGCCUCGUCCGGGUUUUGACUGCUGCGAUUUUGCUUCACUGCCACAGCAUUUCGACGUUGCCUACGCCAACGAGAUAGCCGCCUUGAGAGAGCAGCAUCCACACCAAGCAGCGAUGUUUCGCUGA